CUUUAUAUAACCGGUUAUUGACGGUGGACCGAGGCGCACGUCGCAGCAGCGAGAGUGGCCAGAGGACUAUUCGCUAAUCUUUGGGAAUAUUAAACGCGUGGAUAUUUUUGGAAGCGAUGCAGAGAUGCUGAAAUGAGCGUGUGAAAUGGUCUCAGUUCGUAAAGUGAGGAUAACUUCCGCUGCCUGUUGGAUGAACACGAGCAGAACGGCUCUGAGGAAACGCUGCUGCUGCAUUCAUAAACACUUCUUUAGGACUCACAACAACCCCUGAGCUUUGUUUUGGGGUCAUUAAACGCAUCGUUUCCCUGCUUUGCACGCGUGUUGACGAUGGCCGAGGAAGGUAAAAUGAACACAGAGCAUCUCGGAGGAGUUGUCAGGCUCCGAGAGGAACACGAGAAGGUGGUGAGAGACUGUGACAGUCGCCUGCAGCACUGGAAGAAGGUGUCAGGGGACUAUGAAGCCUUGAAUGAGCGUCUUCAGACUCUGCCAGACCAGCUGAGUUAUGACAUCAUGGUGCCGUUCGGCCCUCUGGCCUUCAUGCCGGGGAAACUCGUGCACACCAACGAGGUCACGGCGUUGCUCGGGGACAACUGGUUCGCCAAGUGCUCGUCCAAGCAGGCACAGAAACUCGUCAACCACAGGAUGAAAUACGUGAAGAGAGAAAUGGACGCCCUGUCGAAGACCAAGAAAAACUUUGAAGCCAGAGCCGGUUUUGCGAAGGAUUUGGAAACGAUCUCGGCUAGUAAAGGCGACUGUAUCGACAUCAGAGAAGAAGAGGGAAACCAUGACGCCGCUCUCACCAAAGGAAAGCAGAGGAUAGCUCACAAACCAAACUCGAAGCCCAAAUGUGAAGCAGUGUUGGAUCUGAAAGAGGAGGAGGAGGAGGAGGAGGAUGAGGAUGAAGAGGAGGGCAGAGACGGAGGGAGCAGAAGAGCCGUCCUGACGGAGGAGGAGUUGUGGGCUCGUUUGGACGAGCUGGAGAAACAGGAGGAGCUCCGAGACGAGCAGGACAGAUUAUCAGAUACUCCAGACAUGAACGGUGAGGACACAUCGUCUCUCUCCUCAGAGGAGGAGAAGGACGGAGAAGCUGCAGCUCCCGUGAACGGACUCGGUCUGAAGCCGAGCUGGACCUCGCCUCACAGUGAAGCUCCGCCCACUGCGGACAGGAAGGAGGAAGAGUGCGAUGAUGAUGAGGAAGGGGACGGCAGCUGUUUGCCCACCAUCUUUUUCUCUCACACCGUCGAACCAAAGAAGGUGAGGAUCAACACGGGGAAGAACACCAUGCUGAAGUUCAGCGAGAGGAAAGAACAGAAGGAGCACUCGAAGAAGAAGAAGAAAAACGGACACAAUAACGGACACUCGCUUCACGAACUUCACAAAAUCACCACGCCAACAGACAUCUACAGGUUGUUCGUGGACGUGAAGAACGGCGAGCCCGUCCCCAGGAAGUCCAUCUUGAAGUCCCGCAGCCGAGAGAACAGCGUGUGCAGCGACACCAGCGAGAGCAGCGCCGCGGACUUCGAGGAGCGCCGGAUGAUCGGACGCAGCUUCAGCCACGACGAGUUGACGCACAGCGACACCAGUGACGGCAUCACGGAGGAGGACAGUCCCACGGCGGUCCCACUGCACCCCGCCAGCAGAUUUGAGGCCUUUUCAGGUACGGUGGUCGAAAAGGACCCGAUGCCUUCGGCCGUUCCUCAUCUGACCAUCGUCCCUCCCGCUCUGCCGACUAUUCUGGAGAGGAAACAGGAGGAGGUGACGUCGGACGCCCCACCGCCUGAACAAGCGCCGAAAAGGGUGUCCAAGUUUAAAGCUGCCAGGCUGCAGCAGAAGUGACUGAACAAACAUUAACUUUUCACCACUUCUUAUUUCUGCUUUUUGUCUUGGUUUUUUUUCUACAACUGAUAAACCGGCUCCUCUCCUCUCCUCUGGUUCUCCUCUCCUCUAGUCUCUCCUCUGGUCUCUCCUCUCCUCUGGUUCUCCUCUCCUCUGGUCUCUCCUCUCCUUUCUUCCGGUCACUGAGUUUUGAAUGUUCAGUGAGGUAAAGCACAGUAUUUACAGUAACAGAUAAUUUCCUGUGUCAAACACCGAUUUUAAAUCCCGGUUAAUGAAUCCUCCUCAUGGUAUUUUUCCUCUUCUGACUGUAAAGUCACUUCUUUCUCAGCUCUCCAUCUCUCUGUGAAGCUUGUUCAUUAAUUACCUGUCUGCACAUCACCUGCUUCUGAUCCAUGCUCGUGCCAGUUUAGAUUCAGUAUGUAGACUCCGCCUGCUAGGAUGAGUUGCCUUCAUUAGUUUGUUCUAAGUUUUGAUUUGAUCAAACCGAAUCAGGAGCCGCGUGCUCUCCUUUCACCUUCACUCCACCUGCCUAAUGAAUGUAUGUGCUCCUUUGUGACGAGCUUUAUGUGAAGACAAGAAAAUUAUACUGAUCAAAACUAAGAUGAAAAUAAACACAUUUGUCUACUA